UCAAAGGUUUGAUUUCCCCUCCGUGUUUGUGAUGAUGUUUUUGACCUCUUUAGCGUCUUACUUUAAAUCUUGAAACAUGACAGCAGCUACGUCCUCACUUCUCUGAAGUCCUGUAGGUAAGGUUACUCGAGUUACAGUAAAAGGCUUGUACAGGAGGACUGCAGAGUCUUCAAAAACUGACACUAGGUCCAUUUGACAUUUGGUUUGACCUUUGGCUCUGUCACAGAUUGGAGGUUGUGGUUUCUCUCCAGCGAUGCUCAGUGUGGUUUUUUACGGUUUGUUUCUUUUUCCUUGUGUGACAUUUUGGCAUCUACUCCUUUCCUUCACCACACGAACGAAACUAGCGACGCCACAAAGCCAGCUGCAGUGUAACAUUAAAAAAUCUCAUACUUAAAAUUAAAUUAGUUUUGUCCCUUUUUCCCCAAAGAUAACCUGAAAAAAUUCACACCACUUUCGAGAUUUUUUUUUUUCCACCUUUACUCUGUAACAGUAUACUGCAGUGGUUAACUCAGAGGAGGGGCAAUCACCACUCCUGGUACCUUCAUGACUGAAAAACUGCUCAGAAGUGCUCUCUUGACUGCCUUUAUAGUAGAUAUAUGUAAUUUAAAAAAGGUCCUCUGUGCUCCCUUUGCAGUGGAAACCACGCAGAAAACACCUUAGUAGAUGCUCUUUCAGUAAUUUAAAUGUAAACAAAGUGCACCCUGGAUGCUCCUCCAGUGUACAACAUGUAAGCAAACAGUGCACUGAUUGUUUUUGGUGAAUUCAUUUUAAAAAGUGCCCUCUGGUUAUUCUCAAGAUGGAUAAAAUGUAAACAAAGUGUCCUCUGAAUGAUAUAUAACUAUAAAAUAUACACUAACUGUGCAGUGGUUGUUCCUUGAUUGUAUAAUAUAUAAAUAAAGUGACUUUUGAAUCUGAUACUGUAUGAUAUAUAAAACUACCCAAUGGUUGUUCUGUUGGUGGCUCAAAUGUAAACAAUGGCCCGUCUUAAUGUCUUUUUUACCUCACAAUAUGCAAAUUAAGUGCCCAGGUAUUUCUCUUUUAGCAGGUAAUGUGUAAAUUAAGCACCUACUGGGUUUUUGGUGCAUAAAAUGUCAUAGUGUACAAAAACUAAACCAACUGCCUACUGGUCUACUGGUUGUUUUUUAGUGUUUAAAUGUAAAGAAAGUGCCAACUGGUUAUUUUUUAGUGUACAAAAUGUAAACAAAGUGCCACCUGGUUGUUCUUUUUUAAAUUAAGCGCUGCUGGGUUUAAUUUUUAAUGUAAACCAAGAAACUUCUGGGUGCUGUUUUACAGUAUAUAAUGUAAACAAAGUGCUCUCUGGUUGUUCUUUUAGCAGACUGCAUGUAAAUUAAGAACUGCUCGGUUUUUUUAAUGUAAACAAAGUGCUCCCUGGUUGUUCUCAUAGUGUACAAAAAGUAAACCAACUGCCUACUGGUUCUUUUUAGUGUAACAAAAUGUAAACAAAGUGCCUACUGAUUGAUUUUUAGUGUAUAACAUGUAAACAAAGUGCUCACUUGUCAUUCUUUUAGCAGAUGAUACAUAAAUAAAGCACCGACUGGGUUUUUUAAUGUGUGAAAUAUAAACAAAGUGCAACAACAAGGGUUGUUCUUUUGGCAGAAAACAUGUAAAUUAAGUACAUACUGGUUUUUUUAUAUCUAAACCAAGAGACUUCUGGAUGCUGUUUUACAGUAUACAAUGUAAACAAAGUGCUCUCUGGCUGUUCUUAAAGUGAAUUAAGAGUAAACCAAUAUGUCCAUGUAGAUUCUCAUUCAUCCAGGUCAUGGUUAUCUUGAAGAUUUGAAACAGGCAACUGGACUCUACACAGUGCUCUUUGAUUGUCCCUGGUAAAAUAUGAUUAAGUUUCUAUGUGUCUUCUUAUUGAUAAUAUGUCUGUUGCACAUGGUUGGAUGUAACGUUUGUGCCUCCAGAGUGAUACUUUAAAAGUCUGUAAUGGUUGUUCAGCGGAUGCCUUUCAAACAUUUUUCAUCCCUACCUCUCAACUCUUCUGAAAACGCCAUUGCGACACAACAACACUAUGAGUGUAUCAUAUACACACACUACACUCCACAAAAUCUACAAAUUGAACUAGGGUUGCUCUGGUCAUGAAAAUGGUUCCUCUCUGCAUGACUUGGACAAACUGACAGAGGUAUGACACAGCCGUACGGCGACUAGACUGGGACCACCUUAUUGCACUCACCAAACCAGCCUGUAGGGACACAAACAGCUUUAUCCUGGUAUAUCAAACUGUAGCAUAAAACAUGAUAUCAAUCUGCUCUCUGCCGUUGAGAGUGUAUUCCAGGGAGAGUGCACAUGUCACACUCCAAUUUAGGCUAUUAUCAGAGCAUGAUAACCAUAAUAGUGGCUGUCCUCCUGAUUCACGCAUUUGGCAGGAAAUCAAAGUCACAUCCAGGUGUUCAGUAUGAUGUCAGCCAUCUGUGUGUGUACACACAAACAGAUGUGGGGCACGGAUGACAGAUAAUCUCUCUACAAAGAGCUCCUACCUCACACAUCUGAGCGCAGUGACAAUAUUUCUAUUACGGGAGGCAGUCCUAAUGACAUCACUGUCAGGUUCAGACAGAGCAUUCAUAAUUUACUGUGUGUGUGUGUGUGUGUGUGUGUGUGUGUGUGUGUGUGUGUGUGUGUGUGUGUGUGUGAUGAUACAGGAAGUGUAUUCUAUGAAAAUGAAGAAAGAAAAGCUGUUUGAAUAGUUCAGAUUUUACCACAGAAUAGCCGUGAUUACGGUUUAGCUCCACAUUAAAGAGCUACAGAAACAGCUGAGCUCUGGUUGGACUGUACAGGUCAGCGUGGUCAAAUUAAGUAUAGAACAGUAAAGCAUAGAAGAGAAUAAUGGAGGAUAAGAUUUCAUGAGACUGUAGAGAAGAAAGUCACAAUAUUUGUAAAAAGACAUGAAACUGAAUUUAUGAAAACCUUAAAGUAAUGUACAGGUGAUAACUUUUGCUUUUAGAGCACAAGAUACUUAUUUAGUGGUCUGGAGUCGAGUUAAGGCCGAGUCACCAGAGAGGUAUUCAAGUCCAGUCUAAGUCGAGUCCUCAUUAUCUGAGUCUGAGUCCGAGGUGAGUCCCUGAAUCUGGACCGGAUGUGUGAACCCGUAGGACCUUGGCUUUAACAACACUGACAGUUAGUCCUGCAGCUCUAAUAUCAACAUUAACAGGUAUAAUAAUCUUAAGAGUAAUAAUGAACCAACAUCAGGAGGCUAGUUCAGGCAAGCAACUCUAGCUGCAGUAUUUUCACGUUUGCUGUGACAGGUGAUUUGUCAUCAGGUCUAUUUAUGGUGCAGUCUCUCUCUGCCUCUGCUUUGACGCUGCUGCUGCUGCUGCUGCCCUGCUGAGGAGCUGCAGUCAAACUUUCAGCCCCACCACCUCUCCAGCAUCUCCAGCAUCCACAGCAUCCACCUGCAGGUUCAGACUGGAGGGGGGUGGAGAUGUUAUGUCAUUGUCACUCAAUGGGGUGAUGAGAAUUUGGCGCCCAGCAGUUAUGAACAGGAUUUUUUUGCACUUGUGUGACAUAGGAGUAAUAACAUGUAAAGUGCAGUGGGAAUAUUUCACUUAGUAAUAAAGAUACUAAAGAGUACUGCAAAUAGAGAGUAAACCAAGUGCCUCACAACCCAUUCCCCAUACAUGAGCUCCUCCUAAGGACUGCAGAUAAAGAGAUUGUUAACCAAGAUGUUAACACAGACCUCCUAAAGUUUAUUCUAUUAAUUAAUAACAUCCUAAUUAUGUGUUACAGGUAAUACUUCCUCUGCUUUGGUGCAAGUUUAUAGAGCAGCGAGGAUGAUGUUCUGAUCAAUGAAUCAGUUUAGCAAAUGGUGUUAGGAUCUCCUCUCAGCCUGUCAGGAUUCUAAAUAGAUGUGUACUAUAGUAUAGUUAGUAUAGUAUAGUAUAGUAUAGUAUAGUAUAGUAUAGUAUAGUAAAGUAUGAUAUAGUAUAGUAUUGUGUUGUAUAGUAUAGUAAAGUAUAGUAUAUUAUUGUAUUGUACUGUAUAGUAUAGUAUGGUAUAGUAUUGUAUUGUAUUGUAUUUAGUAUAGUUGCUAUGGUAUCCUAUAUUUUUGUAAAGUAAAGGCUAGUAUGGUGUAGUAUUUGGUACCCCCCCACCCCCACCCCCACCCCCCAUCUCUCUCUCUCUCUCUCUCUCUCUCUCUCUCUUCAACCCCCCCAUGACUUCAUCUCUACCUCUGUUCUGUCCCUCUCUCUCUCACUCUCUCUCAAGCUCCCCAGUCUGUCUCGGUGUCUCUCUCUCUGUCCAUCUGUCUCCCCCUCUCUCUUUCUCUCUCUCUCUCUCCAGUCCCCCCUUCUUUCUGUCUCUCUCUCUCCCUCUCUCUCUGUCCCUCUCCCCUGUUUCUUUCUUUCUCUCUCUCUUUUUCUCUUUCUCCAGCUCUCCCUCUCUGUCCCUGUCUCUCCCUCUCUCCCUGCCCCAUCACUCUCUCUUGCUAUUUCUCUCUCUCCCUAUCUCUCCAGUGCUCUCUCUCUCUCUCUUUCCCUGUCUCCCCCUCUCUCCCUCCCUCUGUCCCUCUCUCUCUAGCGUUCUCUUGAUCUCUCUCUCUAUCUGAUUCUCUCUCUCCAGUCCCCGCUUCUCUCUGUCUCUCUCCCCUGUCUCUUUCUUUCUCUCACUCUCUUUUUCUCUUUCUCCAGCUCUCCCUCUCUGUCCCUGUCUCUCUCUCUCUCCCUCUCUCCAGCUCUCUCUCUCUUCUCUGUCCCUGUCUCUACCUCUCUCCCUGCCCCCAUCUCUCUCUCUCUCUCUCUCUUCCUCCCUCGCUCCUACCCCCCUCUCCCUCUCUCUCUUACUCUCUCCACAGCUCUCUUUCUCUCUGUCUCUCCCUCACCCCCCCUCCCUGUCUCUCUCUCUCUAUCCAGCCCCCCUUUCUCUCUCCCUCUCUCUCUUCUCUCUCUCUUUCUCUCCCUCUCCCUCUGUCCCCCUCUCUCUCCCUCUCUCUCUUUCCUCUCUCUCUCUUUCUCUCCCUCUCUGUCCAUCUCUCUCUGUCCCUCACUCUGUCCUUCUCUCUCUCUCUCUCUCUCUCUCCCUCUCUCUCUCUCUCUUUAUUUUGGGGGGGUUGAAUUCUCUCUCUCUCUCUCUCCCUCUCUCUCUCUUUUCUCUGUCUCUCUCUCGCGCUCUUUUAUUUUGGGGGGGUUGGGUUCUCUCUCUCUCUCUCUUUUCUCUGUCUCUCUCUCGCUCUCUUUUAUUUUGGGGGGGUUGGGUUCUCUCUCUUUUUCUCUCUGUCCCUCUCCCUCUCUCUCUCUCUCUCUCUCUCUCUCUCUUUUAUUUUGGGGGGGUUGGGUUGUCUCUCUCUCUCUCUCUCUCUCUCUCUCUCUCUCUCUCCCUCUCUCUCUCUCUUUCUCUCCUGACCGAGUCUGCCUGCUGAAUCUGAGGCCCUGUUUCGUGGAACAGUCAUCCAGAGGAUCUGAGGAAAGUGGAAAAUUUCUGCUCUGAGUUUGAACCUUUUCUGCUUUAUCUUCACACUGGGUUAUUUCUAUCCUAAUGUUAGGGAGCGGUGUACUGAUCUAUUACAUUCACAUCUAUAUUAUGGCUCUAUGUUUAGGUGCACAUAAACUAUAGUAUUACAUUAAAGUCACUUCCAUAGGUGGACUCUCUGCUGCUUUAUUUAUUUCCUACUUUAGAGCUUUACCUGUCCAAACCAUGUUUAAAGUCUAGGUCAGUUCAAUACACAGUUUGUUGUGUUAUCUUUUUGCCAGUUCUACUCUAGUCUAAGUGAUUCCAUUCUAUUCUAUUGUUAAAAUCUGUUUUGUCAAAUUCUAUUCUAUUCUAUUCUUUUCUUUUCAGCUUUGUCCGAUUCUAUUCAAUUCUGUUCUAUCACUCAUUUCUAUUCUAUUCUAUUCCAUUCUACUGUGUUAUGGUUUGCUAGUUCUACUCUAGUCUAAGUGACUCCAUUCUAUUCUAUUGUAAAAAUCAGUUUAAUCAAAUUCUAUUCUAAUCUAUUCUAUUCUAUUCUGUGUCUCAUAAUUUCAUACACUUUCUCUUUCAGUUCCUAAAGUUCUCUUCUACUUUAUCCUGUUUUUCCAACUUUUAUUGAAUAAAUUAUUAUACUUUUACUUCUAAUUCAAUUCAAGUUUUCAUACUUUACCAGUACUUUUAGGUUUUGAUGAAUGAAAUCACUUUUUCUAUUCUAUUCUAUUCUAUUCUAUUCUAAUGUGUUAUCUUUUUGCCUGUCUGAUUCUAGUCUAAGUGAGACCAUUCUAUUAUAUUCUAUUCUAAAAUCUGUUUUAUCAAAUUAUAUUCUAUUCUAUUCUACUUUACUUUAUUUCAUUCCAUUCCAUUCUAUUCUAUUCUAUUGUGUUAUGGUUUGCAAGUUAUAUUCUAGUCUUAGUGAUUCAAUUCUAUUCUACUGUUAAAAUCUAUUGUAUCAAAUUCUAUUCUAUUCCAUUUUAUUCUAUUCUGUCUCACCCGCUUUCUCUCUCAGUUCCUAAACUUCUCUUCUACUUUAUCCUGUUUUUCAACUUUUAUUGAACAGCUUUUUAAACCUUCACUUUUAAUUCAAGUUUUCAUAAUAUACCAUUACUUCUAAGUUUUGAUGUAUGAAAUCACUCUGUAUUCUAUUCUAUUCUGUUCUAUUCUAUUCCUGUUCUCUCAGUCAUGUUCAGUUCCUCUCUAUUCUCUCUUUUUUCCCACUUUAGGACAUGUAAUUCUCUUCCCUUCUCUCUUCCUUUCCUCUACUUCUCAUUCUAGUCCACUCCUUCCCUUCUAUUCUGAUCUAUUUUACUUUUCUACACGGACAGUAAUUUGGAUUUUUUUUUCCGCACUGAGGUUUAAAAAGCUCAGAACACAUUUAGUGAAAUGCAGCAUGCCAGCUCCUACGUGCAUUCUGAAUGAGGCUUGUAGUGAUAUUUGCGUAUAACAGAAGCACCGCCUCCCUCCCAUUGGACAAUGUGUACGUGAGGGCGUGGCAAGGAAAGAUGAGAGUUGCAAAUCCAUGCCCUUACUGGGAAGACAUGGAGCGCUAUGGACACAGUCUACACGAAUGAAGUAGGAUUCUCACCAAGAGACUUCAAUAUUUCUCCCGUGAGUGAAACAAACGUUUUGAGAGGCUGAGAGCAAAGAAAGGGUGGCCCGGGUGAGGAUGGAGUGUGCAUUUGACGCACAGAAUCUGAUCUCCAUUUCUUUGAGGAAAAUCCAAAGCUCCAGGACGCAGAGAGGAGGCAUCAAGCUCCACAAGAACUUACUGGUAACGUACGUACUGAGAAACGCCAGGCAGUUUUACAUGAGCAAGAACUUAUCGCAAACGCAGAGGACGCAUCACUAUGAGGACGUAGUUGCGGUCCGUGAACGGCACGAAUACCUCGAAUUGACAGGGAGCUUAACGGAGUUGGCUGAUGACUUCUACUGCAACUUUACUGGGGUUGAGUCGGACACUUGGCACUGCGGAGCGCACCAGCCCAUCGGCCAGCCUGCAGAGGUGGCGCACCAAGACGCAUCCGCCUGCGCAAUGGUUCCACCAAGUGACUCUGAACUGAUGGUUUCGGAAGCCUGUUGGAGUUGUGCGGACAAAUCCUCGUGGGAUUUACCUGUCCUAAACGCACAAGCCAACCAAAAGACAGUCCUGGACCUGGACACGCAUGUGGUGACUACUGUCACCAAUGGAUACUUCCACUCAGACUGUUGCGCGCAGUCAAAACAGCCGCAGGGCGCGCACUGCUACAGCAAAAAGCGAAAGAUGGACACAACUUAUCACAUUGUUGAUCCAGAGUUUUACUUGCCGGACUUUGGGCUGGUUCCGUGUAAAAGGAUGAGGACUGAUGAUGAUUCACACUCAGACUCGGAGCAGUUGGACAGCACGAACAUCUCCAACCUGAUCUCAGUGCUGGGCUCAGGUGGACUAUCUGAGUUUGUGAGUUGGCAGCAGACGGACCUUGAGCAAAUAUUCUCAGCUCAGACUAUUUGUUUAAAACACACACUGUUAACAGGCAGCGGCUGGACCAGAGCAAUCGAAGCAUUCUGAUUGAAAGUGAUUGUUUUUCUUUGUACCCUUUUAUUUUAUUGCCUUCAAAUAAAACCUGACACGACUGCAAUCCACUCUCUACUGUGUUAUUGAACAACAUGCUCUUUACAUGUGAAUUAUACAGAAAUCACUGCUAUUCUGGGUCACUUUUGCACAUUAUCGUACUAGUGCCAAACUUACACAUUGUCCUCACACAGGACUUGUUAAUUGGACCUUUAUUUAAAGCUUGUUUUCUAGAGAUUUCGUUUUGGGGUGCUGCUGGAGUCUGUCUUUGGUUUGUGUUUCCUGAAGAAAUGACUUACCCCUGCUUCUCUGGAAAGAUGUUGGAAGAGCUCCACCAUGUGGCGCAUGAAGAUCUGUGCAGCCUCCUGAAUCAGAUCGACGCAUAAACUCACCCUGGAAAAAUGUAUUAUUUAUAUGAGGGCCUGCUCAGAUAAAUCAAUAAAACUCACAUCAUUUCUAAACUAAUGCACUGGCUUCACGUUGCAUUUCAGAUCCUAAUGAGUGAUAUCACUUUAUGCACUUUUUAUGUAAGCACAGGAGGGUGCAUAUUAUGGGGACUUUGUAUUUUCUCUUAUUUCAUCAGGAUUAUGAUGCACACAAAUAACAUUUUACCUUCUGUUAUUUUGUUAUCUUUAAUGGAUUAAAACAGGACAGGUUAUGUGUCUAU